CUCAAACUCAACCACACACGCACAUACGCAUAUACAUCACAUCACACUGCGCUGCAUGUCGGAACCAGACGGCGACCAUGGACCGCCGCCGCUGCCGCCGCUGGCAGCCAAGGAGCAGAACCUACACUCGCGACUGGAUGCUAUGGAAGCAGACAUGGAGCACAUCCUAGCUCUUGUUGAGGGCUCGGGAAAGCUUCCUGCUUCGCCUCCUCAGUCCAAGGCUGCUGACCCGCCUACCGUCACCGCGAAUGAUUCCGACGACGAGUUUGCUGCUGCCUUUGGCGAGGGCUUCUCGGACGACGACAGCAGCCAGAAUGGCGACCAGGAUGGCGACCAGGAUGGCGACCAAAGUGGGGACCAAGGUGGCGACCAAGAUGGCGACCAGGAUAGCGACCAGGAUGGCGACCAAGGUCGGGUCCAAGGUGGCGACCAAGAUGGCGACCAGGAUAGCGACCAGGAUGGCGACCAAGGUCGGGUCCAAGGUGGCGACCAAGAUGGCGACCAGGAUAGCGACAAAGGUGGCGACCAAGAUGGUGAAGACGACCUAGGCAAGGUGUACAGCGACAACGACGUCGGCAAUGUAGGCAGUGAAGACGACGAAGUGAUCCGCAUCGACGAUCACAAGCCUGACCUUCCGUCUUCUCCCCAUCCUGUGGCUGACCCUCCUAUUGAGGUCGGUGGUGACGACGAUGACGAUCUGUUUGAAGCUGCUUUUGGUGACGACUUUGACUCUGCUGUCGAGACAGGCUCCGCCCCCAACCCAGGCACCGGCCCGUCUGCAGACGCCAACGCCGACGCCGACACCGACGCCGAUGCCGAAGCUGCCGGGGCAAUGUUUGCCUCCGCGUUUGAAGCGUCGGUCGUUGACACCCCGACCCGCAAGAUGCAGAUCUCCAUCGACCGCAAGCGUAGCAGCGAAAAGAUGGACUCAAUCCUGGCUUCGUUCGACGAGGCCUUUCCCUCGCCCACACCCUCUAUCCACGAGACCCAGGCCUGGCCAGCAUCGCCUGUUGCCGGCGCCACUGAAGCCACUGGCAACGAUGACGGCUUUGGUGCCAAUGACGGCUUUGGCGCCGCCUUUGAUGCCGCCUUUGACGACUUUGACCUCGAUACCACACCCGACGCCAAGGGCAAGAAGGGCAAGGGCAAGAGCAAGAGCAAGCUGCAAAACACCGCAUCGAUUGACUCGCUGUUGCAGAACCUUGACGACGAUGACGCUGCACAUGACGACGACGACGACGGUCUCGACGAGACUUGGGCGCCCGAGCGCGACGGCAGCGCCUCCUCUGAUGGCGGCGACGUCAUCGACGACGGCGUCGACCCGCUUGCCGCCCUCCUCUCCACCAUGGAAGACGACCGCGAACUUGAUGCCGCCCUUGACAAGGGCAAGGACGAGGCCGACUCCGUAUCUGGUCCAGACACGCCGGCGGCGGCCCAGCCGGAGCCGAUCUCGCUCGCCAGCACGCCACGCAGCGAGAAGACGGUGGUUAAGGUUCCUGCUGCGCUCAUCGACGCCUAUGCUCACAUGCAGGACUCGGCGCGCAAGACCAUGGCCGCCGCCAAAGACCUCUACCUCCGCGACUUGGAGCGCUACGAGAAGCUUGGUGACCAGGUUCCGGCCAUCAAGCUCAUCAAGCCCAAGACGUAUGCACACCGACUGGCUCUGGCGCUGCGGUCGUGCGGCAAGUCGGCCCGGUUCGUGGCCAAGACCAAGGGCGCAGCCAUCUCGCUCAAGUUUCUCGAGUCGGACAAGCGCCUCGGCAAGUUCAACGAGAACAACACCAAGCUUGUCCGUGUUGUCCGCCGCAUGGUCGUCAAGGCUGCCGGCGACGAAACCUACGACCACAUGUCGCCCGCCCUCGACACCCUGGCCUCGGCCGUCGACGCUUACGCCACCACUGUCUCGGCCUUUAUCGCCUCGGCCGGCGGCGCAACCGUCACCCCGAUGGACGCCACCACGGAAGCCCACACCCACGCCGUGGUCGACGUCGCCAACGCCUACACCUCCGUCCUCAACUCGGCCGAGCUCGCCUGGUCGCUCGACGAGUCCCAUGUUGUGCCCAAGCUCCUCUCGCUCGCCGAGGCGCACGCCGGCGCCGCUCCCGGUGCCCCUGUUCCCCGGCUCCCGCACAACGCCGACGACGUCUCGUCAUCUAACUCGGCCGACGCCAACGCCGAUGCCGACGCCGGUAACGACGCCGCCGACGAUCAGGACCCACAGGCCCAAGCCGGAAAUGACGUCCCGCUCGAGACCCUGGCCUCGCCUAACACCCGCCGCCGUCGCCGACCCAAGUCGUCCCGUCACUCCCGCCCUCUGCGCCGUGACUCGGACGCCUACUCGGCCUCCGCCUCGUGCGACGACAACCCCAAGGCCGCCGCCGAUCUUUCUGAUGCCUCUUCUGUCGCCUCCUCCGUCUCGGCGGGCAACGCAGCUCCCAACACCACUUCCGCCAACACCGCUGCCGCCACCACUCCUGCUAGUGGCAGCAAUGGCGGUGGUGGCUGCUGCAUCAUCCUCUGA